GCAACGCUUGGACACCCUGAGCGCGAGUUUGCAGUCGAUCAUGCGCACUGUUCUCUCCGAAUUGUGUGCGUAUCAGAAUCGAAUUGCUUCGCAAAUUAAUCUCAAGAAGCUCGCACUGCUAUUUGAUGAGGUUUGCUUUAUGGGUUGUGCUCUUGGGAUCGUAUCGAGUGAAAUAUUGUGCAAAUUGGAUGAGCUUCCACAUUGCAGCGUCGGGUCGGGCAAGCAGUGUUGCGAGCGAUGAGACAAUUGCGCAGACAUUGCAAGAAGAAUACGAUACAGAAGCCGCAUGGGAGGAAGAAAAUGCUUCCAUAAUUUCCACGAAUCCAUUGCAGGUGCCAAUGGAGGCGGAGGGAGAUGAAGCAUUGGAUCGAGGUCGGAUGGCAACCUCCUCCAGCUUGAUAAAUCUUAUUCCGAGAAAUUCCAUAUCAUCAGUGGAUGGGGAUUUCGAACUUCCGUUAAUACUGUCGGAGGACUAUUCUCACGUGGAUAAAGAGCUUGCAAGACGCUUUCAUGAACUUGACCCAAUUCCUCACUCGCCAAAAGUAAACGGAGUAACUCCAUCCGUAGAAUCUGCAAAUGCGGAUCAUCAUCUGCUGUUACACAGGUUGAGUCUUUACGGGCUGACAGAACGUAGGAUUGCAGGAGACGGAAACUGUCAGUUUCGAGCUUUGUCAGACCAGCUCUACCGCUCACCAGAUCACCACCAAUUUGUGCGGGACAAGAUCGUUUCACAGCUAACAAACUUGGUGGAUAAAUACUCGGGAUAUAUUCCAAUGUCUUACAAUGAGUAUUUAAAGAAAAUGUCCAACAAUGGUGAAUGGGGUGACCACGUUACAUUGCAAGCUGCAGCCGACUAUUAUGGAGUAAAAAUUUCCUUGGUCACAUCUUUCAAAGACAGAUGCUUCAUUGAGAUUAUGCCCUCCACCCGAAAAUCCGCUCGAGAGAUAUACUUGAGCUUUUGGGCUGAGAUUCAUUACAACUCAAUCUAUCCUCUUGGAGGUGUUGGUUCGGACUUUCGUGAUAAACUGGUUUUGUUAUGAACAAUAGAUGCUUGAUUCCAAUUUGUAGAUCAAUUAACUAACGACGAUCGAGGCGAUAUCUCUUUUCUCCCGUUGAGUGCUUCUGCAUAUUCCUCUGAAAAUUUUACUGCUUACGGUAAGAUGACGUGAGUUCUAUCGAAGGGAGAACAGGAGGGGCGGAAGAGUAUUAUUUUCUGAUCUACCUUCAUGCAUUGCGAGCUCAAGGGUGGUCUUAUGAAAUGUCUUCUUGAUUACUUCUGAAUUUUUUUACAGCUCAAGGCAGAUUGUGCUGGUAUCGCAGAUAUACUUGACCUGUAAACGCGAACACGUGUUUCUUUUUCUUGAUUUUCAGAUUCACCAGGAAGUUCAGAGGAUUGACUUGCGGAGUAAGAUACUCCCAACAGGCGAAGUAACGUGUCCCCUGGAAGUAGAGACCUUUUCAACCUUAAAUUUAUUCUGAAGGAAAAGAAAUUAUUCUUUGGAUCACAAGUUAUCCAUGAUGGUUCAAAUGGCAAUCCACGCCAAAAAGAAAAACCCUUUUCAUGUGUCCGAACAAUUUCUUGAUUAUAAGAUAAACGCAAUUGCGAAAUGGAAGAAAAAUGAAGUAGCAAAUAUGUAGCUGUGACAGAACCCUCAGAAUAUUCCGCAAUUCUUCAAACCGAUAACGUAGACGACAAUUGACUUACAAGAAACUUGAUCGUAUUCAGAUUUAACGUGAUUCACUUGUUUCCUAAAUCCA